CGCCAACCAGACACCCAACCAGGCCGUCGCGUACGAGAUGGCUCCCUCGGGAACCAUGAUAAUCCAGGUCGUCCAGGCCACCGUGCCUCCCGGAGACACCGGGACCAAAAGGGCGUGCGUCAAGCUGGAGCUUCGCGACGGCCCGGAGGACAGGCAGAAGAUGAAGACUAAGAUGCAGGACGUCGACAAGGCCAUGGUCCUGACCUUCAACGAGACCUUCGAGUUGUAAGUGCCCGACCCGAUCGCUUGUUACGCGGAGACCGCGACGGGUGUCGGGCACCUCGUCGGCACCCGUGCCCUCCGUCGAUGAAACCCAACCCGCGUCGAUUCAACCCCCCGCACCGGCUGACCCAAACCCUGACGCGAUCCCCCGAAACCCACCUCACACUCCGACAGCGACGUCAACGAGGAGUACGGCGGCGAGCUCAGGCUCCAGCUCUUCAAGCGCAAGUCCAUCAUGGGCGACAAAGCCGCCGUCGCCAACGCUGGGGUGUACGUCAAGAACAUCGUCUCCUACAUCAACACCAACGGGUCCAUCGACAAGGAGUUCAAGCUUUUCAGCAAGGAAGGCCAGGCCUUGGGCGGGAACGUGCGGCUCAAGAUCGACUUCGCGCCCUCCGACCCCGCCACGCCUCUGCCCGACGACGGCGGAGGUGCGAUGAAGUCACACGCCCCCACCGAAGAUGAGGCGGCGACGAGGCUUCAGGCGAGGUUCCGGGGGAUGAAGACGAGGCGGGAGAUGAACGAGAAGAAGAACAAGGGCGGCAUGAAGGGCGCCGUGAUCGC